UGCCAGUGCUGGAGCAGCUUACGCUAGCUUGGAUGAAGCAGGAAUCCCAGGUAUACUGGUUGGAGUUUCUGUAGAUGGAAAGGAAGUCUGGUCAGAAGGUUUGGGCUAUGCUGACGUAGAGAACCGCGUGGUGUGUAAGCCAGAGACCAUCAUGCGCAUCGCCAGUAUCAGCAAGUGUCUUACAAUGAUGGCUGUUGCUAAACUGUGGGAGGAGGGGAAACUGGAUUUAGAUGCUCCAGUGCAGAAAUAUGUCCCUGAGUUUCCAGAAAAGGAAUACGAGGGUGAAAAGGUCACGAUCACCACAAGACUGUUGGUUUCACACUUGAGUGGGAUUCGUCACUAUGAAAAAGAUAUUACAAAAGUAAAAGAAGAAAAGGAAAAGGCAAACAGAGCACUUAAGCUAACAAAAUCUCAUCAGGAUAAAGAACAAAAAGAAGGUAAAGGGACUGAAAAAACUGAUUGUGUCAAACAGAAAAAAGAACACGAUAGUGAGACAAAAAGCCAAAAUUCAAAGCCUGGCAAGAAGGACGAGUUUCUACAGGAGGAGUAUUAUUUGAAGGAAAAAUUUGAAAGUGUGAUUGAAUCACUGAAGAUAUUUAAAAAUGAUCCUUUAUUCUUUAAACCAGGUAGUCAGUUCUUGUACUCAACGUAUGGCUUUACUCUCUUAAGUGCUGUUGUGGAGAGAGCUUCCGGACAAAAAUUUACAGAUUAUAUGCUGAAAAUGUUUCGUGAUUUGGAUAUGCUGUCAACUGUCCUUGAUGACAAUGAAGCAAUGAUAUAUAACAGAGCAAGGUGUUACAUUUAUAACAAAAAGGGACGGCUGGUGAAUGCACCGUACGUGGACAACUCUUACAAGUGGGCCGGUGGUGGAUUUCUGUCAUCAGUGGGUGACCUCCUGAAAUUUGGAAAUGCCUUGUUGUACAGUUAUCAAGCUGGACAAUUUAAAAAUAGGAAUGCCAAACUUCUCCCAGGGUACCUCAAGCCAGGCACAGUUGCAAUGAUGUGGACUCCAGUGCCAAAAACAGAAGUGUCGUGGGACAGGGAUGGUAAAUAUGCAAUGGCUUGGGCUGUGGUGGAGAAGAACCAGCAGUAUGGCUGCUGCAGGCGGCAGAGACACUAUGCAUCUCAUACUGGGGGUGCCGUGGGGGCCAGCAGUGUCCUCCUCAUUCUGCCUGAAGAGCUGGACCCUGAAGCUCUGGGUACCCAGCCAGUGGCACCCCCCAGAGGAGUAAUUGUCACUAUUAUCUGUAACAUGCAGUCAGUUUCACUCAACAGCACUGCCUUAAAGAUUGCAAGGGAGUUCGAUAAAGAAAAACAGGCACAACGUGUAGACUAAGAGAUGUAUGUGACUGAACUCUCUGUACUGAAAAACAGAGGGAGAAGGGUGUGAUUGGACUUCAAGUUCAGUAAGUGUGUGGGAAGAAAAAGCAUAAACAAUUCAAUUAACCUCUGCUAGUGGUGCUAAACUUACGUCUUCACUGGAAUUCAUCUCUCAGGGAAGUUCCUAACUUACAGAAAAUGAGAAUGUAACAGUCAAUGGUGACUUUCUGUAGCACCUGUGUAAAUUAUCAUUAUAUUAGCAGGUUAUUUUUUCCAACUAGUGAAACACUUGACCAAGAUAAAAAUAUAGCUUUUUUUCCUUUUUUUUUUGCAUUAAGAAGUACAAAUUAUCUGCCUUGAAUGUUAAACUUUUGAUAAAUUUUACAUCUUGAUUUGAGCACACAAAUAGGUUGCUUGUUAUUCUCACAGUUCCAGUCUGCCAAAACUAUUCAGUAUUACUUUGUAAAGAAAAAUUGUGUUACCAUUGCCUUUUUAUCCCUUAACCUUGAAGCUGCAUCCAGAAUGCAGAUUUAUGCCAGAAGCAAGCUUUUAUCAGAGCUGUGGAUUAAGGACUAGAAAAGAAUGAAUCUAGAGCAAUGUAAGUAAAAAUAUUUUUGUUAUUUAGAUGUUCUCUCAUCCAUUUUUUUGGACAUGGAGCAUGUGUGAAAUUAGUUUACUGUGCAAUAAUGGUAUUAUUUUAGAGUCAAAUCCACCCAAAUAGCACAAUGUGGCAAGCUGUCUAAUGUCCCAUUGUUUGAGUGAUAUACAUGCUAAGUAGGUAGCCAGAAAUGGCACUGUACUCUGUACACAGAUACUCCCUUGUAAACAGAAAUCAGGACCUCAGCUCAAUACAACUUAAAGCCCAUUCUUGAAGCCAGAAGUAGAAGUUCAACCAGCUGAACACGGCAAUGGCAGCUGGGGCACAGCUCUAAGUGCUGCAUCCAGGGCUGGGGACUCCACCUCUUCUCUGGGCAGCUCCUUCCAGUGCC